GCCAAAACGCGAAUGAACAUCGACCGUGGAAGUUGACUGCUGAAGUACAAAGCGCUAGGCUGAAGGUACCCGGAAUUCAUGUGAGUCUAGCGAGCCGCGGCCUCACUAGCCAAGCCAGCCACACGACCAAAAAAGUCAGCAGGAGCAAAAGCAUACUGCCCUCGAGACACACACACACGAAACAGUCCGUUGGGACCCACAUCUUCAUCCUUCCUGGUCCCGCAAUCACGCUUCGUUUACCUCUGCUCUCCUAUACAACUAAUAAAGCCGAUAACAACAGAAAAGACACGCGAACAUUCGCGGAGGCUGCGAAUAUUGGCCACAUUGUGUGAUUAAAGCAAAAACCACAAAGCAACAAAAUGCCGCCAAAUUCUAAGUCCGAAACAGACGCCCAACCGGCAGCGGAACCAGCGCCAGCCUCCGAGCCGGCAGCGGAACUGGAGUCCGUGGACCAGAAGCUUCAAGAAACACAUCACUCAAAGUUCCGUGAGGUGGACCGGCAGGAACAGGAAGCCUUGGCUGAAAAGGCGGCGGAAGCGGCCAGUCAAAGAAUCGCACAGGUGGAAACAACAACACGGAGUUCAACCACAGAGGCUCAGGACACUACAACCACGUCGUUGCCGGUGAUUAAAAAGAUCGAACAUGCCGGCGAAAUUGUGACCGAAGCGAUCGCCGAGCGCACGGGACUGCCCACAUGGGGCGUGGUCGCCAUAAUUAUCCUCGUGUUCCUGGUCGUCUUUGGUAUCAUCUUCUUCUGUGUGCGGAGAUUCCUGAAGAAGCGAAGAACCAAAGAUGGAAAGGGUAAGAAGGGUGUCGACAUGAAGUCGGUACAGUUGUUGGGAUCGGCGUACAAAGAGAAAGUUCAGCCUGAUAUGGAGGAACUUACUGAGAAUGCCGAAGAGGGUGACGAGGAGGACAAACAGAGCGAACAGAAGCUUGGCCGUCUCAACUUCAAGCUGGAAUACGACUUCAAUUCCAACAGUCUGGCUGUGACGGUUAUCCAAGCCGAGGAGCUGCCUGCCCUGGACAUGGGCGGCACCUCUGAUCCCUAUGUCAAGGUCUACUUGCUGCCCGACAAGAAGAAGAAGUUUGAGACCAAAGUGCACCGAAAGACGCUCAGUCCGGUCUUCAACGAAACCUUUACCUUCAAGAGUCUACCCUAUGCCGAUGCCAUGAACAAGACGCUCGUGUUUGCCAUUUUUGACUUCGACCGCUUCUCGAAGCACGACCAGAUCGGAGAAGUAAAGGUGCCCCUGUGCACCAUCGACCUGGCCCAGACAAUCGAGGAGUGGCGGGACCUGGUCAGCGUUGAAGGGGAAGGCGGACAGGAAAAGCUUGGGGACAUCUGCUUCUCACUGCGAUACGUGCCGACUGCCGGAAAGCUAACCGUUGUCAUCCUGGAGGCCAAGAACCUUAAGAAGAUGGACGUGGGCGGAUUGUCUGAUCCAUAUGUGAAAAUUGCAAUCAUGCAAAAUGGCAAACGUUUGAAAAAGAAGAAGACAAGUAUCAAAAAAUGCACCCUCAACCCUUACUAUAAUGAGUCGUUCUCAUUUGAAGUACCAUUUGAACAAAUACAAAAAAUAUGUCUUGUUGUAACCGUCGUGGACUACGAUCGUAUCGGCACAUCCGAGCCAAUUGGCCGGUGCAUCCUUGGUUGUAUGGGGACUGGAACCGAGCUCCGCCAUUGGUCCGACAUGUUGGCCUCACCCCGCCGGCCCAUCGCCCAAUGGCACACCCUCAAGGACCCCGAAGAGACCGACGAGAUCCUGAAGAACAUGAAAUAAGGAGCUACCAAAAUAACAGGAUAACAAAGCCAGACUUACAGUACAUCUAUCAAACGUAUAAAAGUAACCAAAGAAAAUUUAUGUGAGCCGUCAAACACAGAAAUCGAAUGCAUUAUCAUCAACUGAUCCUCCUUACCCGGAACGACAAGCAACAAUCAGCGAAAUAUCGUAGUUAAAGCCAAUUGUUCAUUUAUGCAGUUAUCCUCGUAAAAAAAAACAUAAAAACGAUUACAACAUACCUUUAGGUAUCUGAGUUAUAUCUGAGUUAUUGGUUGAACAACAAAUCGAAAACUUCCACAAAAUUUAUAGGAAUUUUCGAAAGUUUAAUCGCUGAACAGUUAUCCGUAAAAAUUUCAAUUGAUUUUCCAUCUAAUCGUACAAAAGUUCUAUUUAAGAUCAAUAAAUUCGUUGUUAUCGCAAAAUAAGGAUUUCAAAAUCACUAUUAAAAUCUCUGUAUACUCAAUCUAUCAACAAAUUUAACGAAAUUUUCUUAAAUAUGUGUCCGAAGAAAACAACAAUAAUUUUUAAAUGUUACUUUUUUUUAAAUUUUAAAUUAGUCUAAAUGAGAAGGAAAUCUUAUUAUUAUGCAGUAUUGUUUUAUUUUUGUUCAGUUGUUGAAGGAUUACUAGAGGAUAAUACUACUGACUAUGGAAUAGUUAAAAGAAGAAAAUAACGCAAAGGUAUCAUACACUGUUAUGUAAAUUUUGUAUUAUGUUUAAACUAUGGAAAAAUUUGAAGUAUCUGUGUAAGUAUAUUUGAAUGAAUAUUUAAAUGAUUUAAAAGUGACAGCCAUAUUAACAGGAGGAAGGAAUAAAAAACAAAAGUAUAAAUUAUAUAUAAAUAUUAUGUAUAACCCUGCAUAGACUAAUAUUACGGAUACACAUAGCUGAAUUAUGAUGAACUAACAAAUUCAGACAUAUAAGUAGAAGGAAAAACCAAAACCAAACCGAAAACUAAAAGCAAAUAAUAAAAGUUAAACUUUAAAGCGUGAUUUCAAUGAAAUAUAUCAUCAGUUUAAACGUUAUAACGAAUUAUAGAACAUUUUUCACCAUAAAUCAGAUUGGAGUUUUGUUGAUUAGCUUAAACUUUAAACGAAAUACAUUCAGCUUAGUUCUCUUAGGCUAUGUACAACAGUUUGCAAUUGGGAAUACAACCUGAAAAAAUAUUUAUUUCAACCUUAACGUUUAGGUUUUCGCUCCUUAGUCUCAAGUCGUAAGGUUUCUACCUCUAUCUAAGAAUUGUUGUUUCGUUUUAACAUUUGAAUUUGAUUAUUUUAAACUCAUAUUAGGAUCUAAUAAAAAUAUACAUACUAACUAAAUGAUUAUGGCAAAUGUUAAAAAGAAAAAGAAAUAUUAAGAACAAUAAUAGUUAUUACUAUUUAUAUUAUAUUCAAGUAUAUGACAUCUAAACAAUAUACAUUUAUACAUAUAUACUUAAAAACAAAACCUUGUGCUACUGCUGCACUGGCUUACUAAGAUUGGAAUUUUUAAAACGGAAAUGCGACGACGAGAACAAAAAAUUCAACCUACCUACAAAAAUUAGCUAUCUAAGCUAAUGCAACUCUCAAGGUAUAACAAAAUUCACAGAUCAUUCCAAAGAAUAUUUCUAUUCCUAUAUGUAUCUAAAGCGAAAAAAGAAAAAGAAGCCAUGAUUUCGGAUUUUUCCAUUUUGAAAGUAUAUGAAAUUAACCUAAUACCUUAGAUGUUUUUGUCCUGUAAAUGGUAUAAUAUAAUGAUAAUGAUAAUGCGUAGUUAUGGAUCUGUGUAUCCCCUGUACACAUACUUACACAGUUGUAGUUAUGUUCACCGAGCAAGAAAAUGCAUAAAAAAAACACAAAAGGGCAAAACUUCAAAAAAGAGAAAACCAAAAAAAAAUAUUUAUGUAAUAUAAUUCAUCUAAAUUUAACAACUCAAAGUGAAAUAACUCUACGGAAGACAGGAAAAUAAGUUAUGCAAAUUAUUAAAAGUAUUGUUCAAUAAAAAUUACAAUUCUUUGCUUUUCCAAGUAAAUACUGUAAAUUAUCUCAAGCCGAAAACCAGAUGCAAAACUAAAAAUAAAUAACAAAAAAAACAUCACAAACGUUCACAUACGUAUGUAUUAAAGAAAGGUAAAUUAUAAAAAAACAAGACCUAUCCACAAAGUAAAAAAAAAUAUGGCAGACAAAAGACGACAAACUAUAUAUACUUGCAUAUUAAACAAAUUAUAUGAAAUUAUAUAAAAGAUGUUGAUUAUUGAUUUAAAUUAAAAAUGAGAAAGUGAAUAAAACAAAUUAUAUAUACACCUAUAUAUAAAAAUAUUAAACCAAACCAAAGAAAAAUUCCAUUUGUGUUUUCCUUCAGUUGGUAUCUUUUUUUAUACAGCAUUACACUGAGCGACAUAACCAGUGCCCUCCCCAAACAAAAACAUGUACAUACACACAGGCACACACCCACAUCCUGACCAGAGAAACACCCACACAAAAACUUGAGAACCCCCAUGCCGACACCCCGACGAACUGACCAAAAAAUAUUAAAAGCAAGUCGAUCAUAUAAAUGUUUUAUAAAGUAUGCAUAUAACUGUAUAUGAUUAACGUACGUCAAAAAUAUCUUAAUAUGUAAUUUUAUUAUUAUUUUCAAAAAUAAAAAUAACUAUUUCUAAAUGCAAGCGGAAAGCAUCGCAAAGCCAUCACAAAAGCACAAAAGAGUAGUUGAAAAAUAAAAAAAAAGUAAGGAAACUGGUAUAAUAAACUAAGAAUCUAAAGUAGGCCCAAAAAUAUAAAAAUCCACGAGUAUGAAACAAGAUACUGUAGCAGUCCAUGUACUUUCAUUUCCUAGAUAUGUAUGUAUGUAAUUUAUAUUUGAUAAAUCUUGCAUUGUGCAUUUAGCAACCAAACAAAUGCAUCGGAACCCAAACUAUCCAUUGAAAAGAAAGCACCAUUGAACAAGAUCAAAAGACACACUAUCGAAUCGAUCAUUCUAACCAAGUCACCACAGAGUUAAUCGCAUAGAUGAAGAACAUGAGGAAGAAUCGAGUAGCAAAUGAGUAACGACAAAUACAUAAGAUAUAGGCAUAUGCAUUAUAGGUAAAAGAAACCCAAGGUAUAGGACAAUGUUUGAUGUUGAAAUGAGUUAGUCUGGCCACAAAGAGUCAGCUUUAUAAGCAUAGAUACGAGCAUACACACAGUUGUACACCAAGCAUCGGGCGACAUUAUACAUAGCCAUCGACAGCACCGCAUAGUAUGAAGAUAAUGUACGGUAUAUAGAUAUAAACAUAACCAAGUGAACACACUCACCACACAUACGCACCCACGGACAUCUCAAGUAGGAUCAGUCAUUUCACCCAGAUGUUUCAGACCCCCUAUCUAUGCCAUUACCAGAAACUCACCCGUGCACAUACACAAAGGAUAAAAUAUAUCAUUUUACGACUCUUCCCAGAGUUUUGUUGUUUACGAUAAACUGUUUAUAGCUGUUUUUUCAAUUUUAAAUAUAUUAUAUUUACUGUAUGGUAAACAAUACGAUAAUAAAUCUAAAGCAAAUCGAAAGAAAUGAAACCAUAUAUACUAUAUGUUUUAAAUGCAAUUACCAGACGAAUCUUAAAUUGAGACUUUGCAAGCAAGGCUCUUUGCAGGCAGAGAACGAAUGAAUAUUAUUGAAUAAACUGCAUAUAUAAAUAUAUACUAUAAUGAAACUGUAUUGAAA